UUAAACAAAAAUAAUUUUCUUUUUUUAGUAUUUUAUCACUAGUAACGUAUUGAAUACAAAAGAACGUCGUAGAACGUAUUUUUGAAAUAACGUUUUAGAAACGGAUACCAAAAUAACAAACCAGAGCUAGUUGUCGUUGUCAGUUUAGAAGAGGUACUUAACCUUACUUCGAAGUGUAAUGCAUGGUGAGAAAAUUCUAUAACUAGAAAGUAAUAUCAAUUUCAAAGUGAUUUCUAGAAAUGUGCUUUGUUCGUUUGUGCUAGAAUGUGAAAAUUACAGUUAUUAAGUGUGUUAUUGAAAAAUGGCUGGCGUAUUUGAUAUUGAGCUACAUGACAUUGAAACUGUAGAAGUUGACGAUUCUGAUGACGAUAUUAUUGAAAUAACUGAGGGUGGAUAUGAUCAGAACCCCAACGUGAAUGAUAUUAUAGAUGACGAUAACAUUGAAACAGUCCAACUGACUGAACAAAAUGUUAACCCUGGACAAGAAAAGACAGGGCCCCAUGACUUUGAACUUAGGAAAGUACUGGGGAAAGGGGGCUAUGGCAAAGUAUUUCAGGUGCGUAAAGUUACUGGUCAAGAUGCCGGGACAAUAUUUGCAAUGAAAGUUCUUCGUAAAGCUUCCAUAGUUAGAAAUCAAAAAGACACAGCACACACCAAGGCUGAACGCAAUAUUUUAGAAGAAGUUAAGCACCCUUUCAUAGUGGACUUAAAAUAUGCCUUCCAAACUGGAGGCAAACUGUAUCUAAUUUUAGAAUAUUUAAGUGGAGGCGAGCUUUUCAUGCAUUUGGAACGUGAAGGAAUAUUUUUAGAAGAUACUGCAUGCUUUUACUUAUCCGAAAUUAUUCUAGCACUAGAGCACUUGCAUUUACAGGGAAUUAUUUACAGAGAUUUAAAGCCUGAAAAUAUUUUACUAGAUGCUUUCGGACACGUUAAAUUGACCGAUUUUGGUCUCUGUAAGGAACACAUUCAAGAAGGAAUUGUUACACACACAUUUUGCGGUACUAUAGAAUACAUGGCCCCUGAAAUAUUAACGAGAAGUGGCCAUGGUAAAGAAGUCGACUGGUGGUCAUUAGGUGCUCUUAUGUAUGAUAUGUUAACAGGGGCUCCGCCUUUUACUGCGGAAAACCGCAAAAGAACGAUAGAAAAAAUCCUUAAAGGCAAGCUGAUACUGCCCCAAUAUUUAACUGCCGAUGCCAGGGAUUUGAUAAGGAAAUUGCUCAAGAGACAGGUGCUGGCUAGGUUGGGGUCUUCUCCCGGGGACGCGGAUGGCAUCAAACAGCACCAGUUUUUUAAGCACAUCAACUGGAAUGAUGUGCUAACAAGAAAACUGGAACCGCCCUUUAAGCCGAGUCUAGCCAGCGAAGAUGACGUUUCGCAAUUCGAUACCAAAUUCACCAAACAAACACCUAUUGAU